GAAUAAGUACUGAAGGAAAGGUUCACACAUGAUAGCGCUCAGAACAGCUGCUCUGCUCUCUGUGGGCCUUUUUCUGCUGCUGACACCAGGAGCGCUCACAGCUAAAGGUCCAGCAUCUCUUCAUAUCAGAGUGUCUGUGGAGAAUGACCCGUCGAACAUGACCCCUGAGUCCUACGCCGGCUCUGUGGUGGAGGGAGGAGUGCUGCUGGGAGCUCUGAGGAGGCUGCAGGAAGCACAGCAGGGCUUCGAGUUCAUGGUGAAGGAGGACCCAGACUUUGGCCUGUUGCUGGAGAGUGUGAAUGGAGUAGCUGGAAAUGAGCGCGCGCAGACAUACUGGGAGAUCUGGUCGGAAAACUCUGGAGAGUUCAGCAGAUUGGAUGUGGGAAUCAGCUGCUACACACCUAAACCAGAUGAGCACAUCAUCCUCAGGUUGGAUUCCACAACAAUGAUGAGCGUUCAGUAGCAGCUCUUCAGGACCAGAAGUGGAGGAGAACUGAACCUUAUUUUCUUUAUCUUUUUUGUAUUAUGGUUGUCUGUUGAUUGUAAAGUUCUAGUAAAGUGCAAAAUAGUGCUCAGGGUUGUGACCUGCUAUGUGACAGUAAAUAAAACAGCAACAUCUAGUGGUUUUCAGCAGCAACAUCAUCUGUCAAAUACAUAAUGUUUUGUGAAUAUUAGACUUGUGUGGUCUGUAUUUCUGUAACUACUAUGCUGGGUAUCGGUAAUGAACUCUUAAAAAAAGCAUUCCAAAGAAUAUAAGAAACAUCACAAUCCAGGAAGACUACUGCUUAGCGGAGUUGUUUAGAGUGGAUGCAUACUUGAUGUAAAUUGAGUUUAGUUUCGA